AUGGUUCUAGGAGGCCCCCGGUACGAGUCUAUCCGGGACGAAAGUCAGGACAACAGCAAUAACGAUAGCAACAACAAUCCCACCAGAUCGUCCGCCUGGUCUAGCCUCACCAGACGACCGUCCGAUCAAUCCGCCACAGACGAUUUUGAACUAAGCCCAGUCAACGACCGGACAGGCUUAACAAGCAACCGUCAACACCGCCCACCCUUCCUCGACCAGGACUCACAGGAGGAUCUACUCCAAGCUAGCACCAUGGCCUCAAGCAGCCAACACCUCCAACCACCAGAAAUGCAUACCCGUCGACCGCGUCGCUCCAACCUCUCUGGCUCCAACAUCAGCGGCGAUUCGUCCCUUCGACCAAAAUCAAAUCGCUCUUCCACCCCGAGCUCUCGUCUCGCCUCGGUGAAGCAGGUCCUGGGCAGAGCUUCAACAAGAGUCAUUGGCCUCACAGGACCAUCUCGUCGACAACUCCAUGGAGCCGACUCGACGUCAGUCCAUUCAAAGCGAGAGCUCGACGAGGACAACGAAGGCGACGAACAAGAUGCACUCAACAGGCUGGAUGGUGAUCAGGAGGCCCGAGCGAGUUUGGAGAGCAAUCGCACAGCCACAUCCCGGCCCGGGGAACCCUCGCGGAUAGCCAUAACGUCUUCAACAGGACCCCCUCAAGGACCACCAGAACCAGUUUGGAUCGAGCCGCCACUCGAGGGUAGAUCCCUGUUCAUCUUUGGUCCUGACAACUCUUUCCGUAAAAUGAUCAAUCGUCUCCUGAACCAGACCCUGGAGAUUGGCGCAAGGAUAAUUGUUUCCGGACUGGUCUUGUAUCCGCAGGAUGGCGAUAAAGUCCGCAAGUUCUUUGGGAAAAAACCCAGGACAGACAAUCUCCACGAUACCAAUCCCACAAUCCUUAGGAAAUCGCCCGAGGCACAACGUGCAAGGACAAUGGCGCUACAGCCUCAAAACUCCAGCGCCAAACUGAACGAGCAGGCUGUACCACAUUCCACUGGAACGAAUCGAGCCACAACCAUCAUCGAUUUUGCUGUCGGGCGACAGACAACAAUGAUGCAGUUUAUUCCGACAUAUAUGGACCCCUUGGUCGCUUACAAACCUCAGUUCAUUGCAGCAGAAGGAACUCAGGUCCCUUUUCUCCGACACACCUUCAACCGUAUCGACUUUAUUGCAGUGGCUUGUUACUGGGUGGACUUCUUUCUCAUGAUCACUGGAGUGCGAGGCGUUUACUUUUUCAAGGCCGUGGCGGCAAUGCGAACUCUCCGUCUGCUCAACAUUACCGGGGGAUCGGCGACCAUUCUGCAUUCCCUCAAGAAGAGUGCCCCUCUUCUAGUCAACAUUGUGCUCUUUAUUGCAUUCUUCUUCAUCGUUUUCAGCAUUAUUGGCGUGCAAGCUUUUAAGGGAUCGAUGUCUAGGCGCUGCGUGAAUGCACAGAACAACUCGAUAGUUCUCAAUGGAGUCUAUUGUGGAGGAUACUAUGAUCUGGACAAUCCGGGAAUCAAACAGUCAUAUCUCAGCGCUGAUGGAGAACCGAGCUUGACGGCAGCCAAAGGAAAUAUUUGCGCGCAGGGAUUUGUCUGCAAGGAUAUCGGAACAAACUAUGAAAACGCCAUCUCGUUCGACAACAUUUUUUCCGCCAUGGUUCCAGUAUACGUGUUGAUGACAGGACAGACAUGGACGGACCUGAUGUACAGCAUCAUGGACGCAGAGUAUGCAUGGUCAUCCAUCUACUUUGUAUUGGUGGUUCUCGUCAUGAACUUUUGGAUUCUCAACCUGUUUGUGGCUGUUAUCAACGAGAUGUUUGCCAAGAUCCGAGACGAUUCUGCCAACAACUCUGCCUUCUCUUCUGAAAGAUCGGACAGCAAAAACCAAAUCUUGAACGACAGUAUCAAGAACUUUACCUACACCGAGUCGGAGCAGACGAGUCGCAGAAAAAGGUGGGUCGAGACGUUGGAGGGUGUCUGGGUUGCUGCCAUCAUUGUCGAUCUUGUCUUCCAGUGCUUGCCGAGUUACGACUCAUCAUCCGAGAAGCUUCAGCGACUUGAUCGAGUUGAGCUCGGGUUCACGGUCGCUUUUGCGGUGGACAUUGUCAUCCGAUUUCUGGUCUGCCUGCCUAUGCCUAUGGAAUUCUUCAAGAGUAGAAAGAACAUUGUAGACCUGUUCUUAGCAACCGUGACACUGCUUAUCCAGAUCCCGCCCAUCAAGAACAGUCAUGUCUACUUGUAUCUUACCGUUUUCCAGGUGGUCAGGAUCUACAGACCGAUCAUCUACAUCGAGCGUCUUCGCUCCCUUAUUGUACGUCGUGGUCUCAUGUCGGUCAUGGCAGGAAUCUUGUUCAGGGAGAACGUGGAUCCUAAUGAGGACCAUAUGACCUUUGCGGAUUUUUAUGUCAGUUACCUCGCCAUGUACCAGAUCUUUUCUGGAGAAAACUGGACAACCAUUCUGUACAGUGUCAUGCAACCGAGCGUGACAAGUCAGAUUAUCGUCGCCACGAUCUUUAUUAUCGCUUUUUACAGUUUCGCCAAUUUUGUUCUGUUGAACAUGCUAAUUGCGAUCAUUAUGGAGAACUUUGAAGGCGGCACGGAGGCAUCGAAGCACGCACAGCAGAUCUUGGAUUUCGCAUCAAAGGAAGGCUACUCAAAACGCAAGGAGCGCGAGUUUGUCCUGUACCUGACAAAGUAUCUCAAGCCGAUGCCCAAGUCGAUUGGUGUCGACAGCUCGCAGUCAGGAUGGAUCCACAAGAUGCGCAAGGGACUUGCCCGCCAGUUUCUUUUGGUCGAUAAUGACCUUUUCCAUUCGAAGGAGCUCGACCCUAUGGUGCGAACAGCCUCCGACCCCACAAGACGCCACCACAGACGCCGCUCCAGCCAGAACUUUGGACCCCUCGAAUUGGACCAGAUCGACGACAAUGAGCACUUCAGGAAUCUCUAUGGCGUUCAGGCACCUGGAACCGACGAGGCUGGAAGUAUUAUCGAGCCUGUAAAGUCCAAAAAGGUUUUCUCCAUGGACUCACUCCGACAUAGAUCGUUCUUCAUCUUUGGACCCGACAACAAGCUCAGGAAGAUGCUGCAGCCCAUGGUGACUCCUGGGCGGGGACGGCGUAUUGAGGGUGUUCCAGAGAACGUGCUGCUGAGUCGACCUUUCAACCUCAUCAUCACUAUCGCGAUCUUGGCGUGUGUCGUUGUGGCGGCUGUGACGACUCCAGUAUGGCGCUUCAAUCAAUUGGAGAGUGGGGAAGAGGAAACGCCGCUGAUUAUCCGCGUAUCCGACUGGUUUUUCCCUGUCUUCUUUACGGUCGAGUUCCUGAUUCGAGUCAUCGCCGAUGGAUUCAUCUUCACGCCGGAUGCCUACCUCAAGACACUAUGGAACAAGAUUGACUUCUUUGUGCUUCUCACCCUGUACGCCCCUUGGUUCACCAACCUUGGUGAUUCACAGGGAUUCGCCCGUUUCUUCCGUUCUCUCAAGGCCCUGCGUGCGCUUCGUCUGAUCAACCAGUCGGCCUACAUCAAGGGAACCUUCCAUGCAGUGUUGGUCGCAGGAUUCCCUCAGCUUUUUGACGCCACCUUGCUCUCGAUGUCCUUGAUUGUGCCCUUUGCCAUCUAUGGCAUGCGCAUGUUCUCGGGCCAGUUCUAUUCGUGUAACGACAAGAGCCCUAGCAUCGAACGCAUGGAGCAGUGCGUGGGGAUUUUCUUCGACAAAGGCAUUGAAGGACUGGCCGAGGAGACGGGAUUCUACAAACCACGCAUAUGGUCCAACCCACAUGUCUACAGCUUCGACAACUUUGGGGACUCGUUCUUGAUCAUGUUCGAAAUUGUGUCUCAGGAGGGCUGGUCUGGAGUCAUGGAGACGGCGCGCGAUGCUGUUGGACUCGGCAUGCAAAUGAAGACCGACGCCUCACGCUACAACGCCAUGUUCUUUGUCUUGUAUAACUUGGCUGGUGGAUACUUUGUCUCGGCCUUAUUUGUCGCCAUCGUCAUCGAGAACUACACCAAGCGAACCGGUACCGCCUUUAUGACAGCCAAUCAAAGGCGGUGGAUGGAUCUGAAGAAGCUGCUCGGAGGAAUCCGUAUGAGCAAGUACAUGUCGACACCCCCCGCCGGCGCCAUCCGUCGCACGCUCUACAACAUUGUCUCACCCAAACGAGGCUGGUUUGUGCGACUCUUGACGGUUGUCACCAUCAUCAACGGCAUUGUGGUCGCGACGGAGCAUGUUGACUCGCCCUCAUGGGAGGUCACCAAGGCCUGGAUUUCGUUGGGUCUCCUGGUGUUUUAUAUUGUCGAAAUUGUUCUCAAGAUUGGAGGUCUGGGUUGGUCUGGAUACCGAAAGAACCGGUGGAACAUUUACAAUGGGUCUAUCUCCAUUGCGGCUUUUGUGCUGACGGUCUGUCGUAUUUUCUGGGCCUCUUCCUUACCACAGCCGCUCAUUCAGACUCAAAAGUUGCUCCUGACGGCGAUAUUGUUCCGCUUGGUGCCUCGCAGCAACAGUUUGAACCAACUCUUCAUGACCAUGGCUGCAAGUAUCAACUCGAUUGCCAGUUUGUUUGGCGUGUGGCUCGUUGUGUUUGCAGUCUACGGCAUCAUGUUUAUGGAGAUCUUUGGCUUGACUUCCUACGGGCCUAAUGGCUCGGACCAUGUCAACUUCCGUAACACUGGAGCAGCCCUUCUCAUGAUGGCCCGCAUGUCAACAGGAGAGGGAUGGAAUGACCUGAUGCACGAUUUCGCUGUCGAACGGCCCUACUGUGUGAACAACCGACUCGACUACCUCUUCUCUGACUGUGGAUCGACCUCGUGGGCAUAUGCACUCUUCAUCUCCUUCAACAUCAUCUCGAUGUAUAUCUUUACCAACAUGUUCAUCGUUGUAGUGAUGCACAACUUUUCGUACGUCUACCAGAUCGCCCCCGGUUUCUCGUUGAUCAACAGAGACGAGAUCCGAGCUUACAAACGUGUCUGGGCCGAGGUUGACCGUGACCGGACCGGAUACAUCCAAGAAAAGGACCUUACCAAGUUCUUGAUGAAAUUGCGAGGAGUGUUUGAUGUACGGAUCUACAGCGAAGAACACUCGAUCGCCAAGCUGCAGUCAAGACUCGAAACCGCCAAACCAACCUCCGUGAAGAUAUCAGCCCGGGAACUGGAAAAGAAUACAACCAGCCAAGCCACCCAGGCACGGAAAGUCUUGAUGUUGAACCAGACCAGUCGUCGAACGACCCUCAACUGGGAGGAUGAACAGAAGGGGACAGGUACUGGUAAGGGGGUAGGACAAGGACAGGGGCUCCCUGAUCCUUCUCGGCCCAAUCUAUCGUACAAGCUGGAUUUUGACUACAACUUGGCGGCGUUCAACUCUGCGAUUGCCAAUAUUGACAGGGAGAGGGUGCAUCAGAAACGGAAGGUGUACAACUUUUUGUAUACGGAGGCGAUCAUGUCGAUGGAACCUAUCCCUGGAACUGAGUUUCGCAAGAGGAAGUCGAGGUUCUUUCCAUGGCGGAGUCUUGGCAGACAAGCUGGGGCAUCAACAAUGGCAGGAGCAGGAGGAGCAACAUCAAGGGCAGGACCUGGAUCCGAGGCUGACGACUAUGAAAUGGGCGGACUGGGCGAGGACGAUACUCCUGAGGAAUGUCUGAAGGGUAUCUCCUUCCAAAAGAUGCUCAUGAUCCUGGCACACUACAAGCUGAUUGAGGACGACCAGUGUCUGUCGAUCCGCGACAUGUUCCAUCAUCGUCAGAAGAUGGAUCGGAUCCACGCCCACAUGAGCGUGAUCAAGAUCCGGAGUGUGUUGUUGAAGUUCUUGAUUCGACAACGGUUCUUGAAGCAUUAUCAUGCAGUAAAGAGGAUCCAAGCUAUGAUGGGCGGUGCGUCGUGGUCGGACGAUCAGCCUCCUAUUGGUGGCGAUCCUUCUUCUGGCUCUCCCCCACCACCUCCUUCUUAUGCUCUCACUGGUCCAUCAUCGUCGUCAUCCUCGACACCUUUGGCUUCUCGAUCCGCUCCUAUGGCAUCUUCUUCGUCUCCUGCAGGCGCUGGUAUCGGUUCUUCGCAACACACUGAAUCAAUGGCACAAGUUCCAGCAGCAUAUUCGUCCGUCUCGUCGACUAGCAGUUCACCCAGCUCGCGCAAGCAAGUCAGAAUCAACGUCGACGACAAUGUCCAAGAUACUCGAGGCAGAAGCACAGUUGCGUUUUCAGAUUCCAAUGUCGGCGGCCCUGGAUCUUCAUUCUCUCUGAAAUCUGUCAUUGAAGAGGAUCCUAUUGAACCUGUCCAAGGCGGCGCCAUGAUUGAUGACCUCCGUUCCGAAUGGCGCAGAACGACAGAUGCAGGACAGGCUGCAGCGCUGCAGUCAGCUCCGGGCGUCUUCCAGAUCAUGGAUAUAAACACCCCACGCCCUACUCCCAGGCACGAAGUCCUUGGCUUGGACUACCUUUAA